UGGAUCUGGCCUUUACUAAUACUACCUAAAUACAGCUGAAGACAAACACAAGGAAGGCAUGGACACGGACAUCAUAAAUAACCGCUAACUCUAGUCUGGUCUGUUCUGUAAUAAGUUUAUGUAAGUCCGUCAUUUAUAUAUUUUUUCCUGUGAUAUUUACAGUAAAAACUCCAGUCCAACUAAGCCCGAAGCUGUCAAAGCUUACACAGACAGCAGGAUGUCUGUUUUUUCACUGUUUUGUUGGAAUAAACUACGGUUGAGACCACAGAACAUAAGGACUCUUCUGCACAAGAAUGCCGGUGUUUGUCCGAAUCAGGAGUCGAGGCACCACAGCUCUGGACUGCAACAAAGAAGGAGGGUUGUUAUCACAGGAAUAGGGUUAGUCUGUCCUCUGGGCACAGGCACUGCUCUGUCCUGGGACCGUCUGAUCAAAGGUCAGAGUGGGGUAGUUUCCCUGGACUCAGAAGAGUACAGGACCCUCCCCUGUAGAGUGGCAGCUCUGGUGCCCAGAGGAACCAAGGAGGGUCAGUUUGAAGAGGAAACAUUUGCUUCUCGUAAAGAGAUCAGUAGCAUGUCAUCAGCAACCGUAAUGGCCCUUGGAGCUACUCAGCUGGCCCUGGAGGAUGCAGGCUGGUGUCCCAAAAGCCCAGAGCAGCAGCUCAGCACAGGGGUGGCUGUUGGGAUGGGCAUGGUGUCGCUGGACGAAAUCGCUCGUACCUCCGCCCUCUUCCAAGAGAAGGGCUACAACAAAGUGAGUCCAUUCUUUGUGCCACGCAUCCUUGUCAACAUGGCUGCUGGACACAUAAGCAUCAAACACAAGCUAAAGGGUCCCAAUCAUGCCGUGUCCACCGCUUGCACCACAGGUGCACAUGCCGUAGGUGAUGCAGCCAGGUUCAUCGCUCACGGCGAUGCAGUUGCUAUGGUUGCAGGGGGCACAGAAUCCUGUGUGGGGCCACUUUCAUUAGCUGGCUUUGCUAGGGCCCGUGCCCUCGCGACCAAGUGGAAUAACAACCCUACACUUGCAUCAAGACCUUUUCAUCCAGAAAGAGAAGGUUUUGUAAUGGGAGAAGGAGCAGCGGUGCUGCUGCUGGAGGAUCUGGACCAUGCAGUGAGUAGAGGAGCCCGGAUUUACGCAGAGGUCCUGGGUUAUGGGCUCUCAGGGGACGCUACUCACAUAACUGCUCCUACUGUGGAUGGCGAUGGGGCAUUCAGGUGA